AUGUCCGGUAAUAGAGAGCAAGUCUUUCCUACGCGUAUGACGUUAGGUUUGAUGAAGAUUAAGUUAAAAGGUGCUAACCAAGGUUAUUCUUUAUUAAAACGUAAGUCUGAAGCGCUAACAAAGAGGUUCAGAGACAUCACCAAGAGAAUUGACGAUGCCAAACAAAAGAUGGGGAGAGUCAUGCAAACUGCUGCGUUCUCAUUAGCCGAAGUUUCCUACGCAACAGGUGAAAACAUUGGAUAUCAAGUCCAAGAAAGUGUUUCUACCGCAAGAUUCAAAGUGAGAGCACGCCAGGAAAAUGUGAGUGGUGUUUACUUGUCCCAAUUUGAAUCUUACAUUGACCCUGAAAUCAAUGAUUUCAGAUUGACUGGGUUAGGUAGAGGUGGUCAACAAGUCCAACGAGCCAAGGAAAUUUAUUCAAGAGCCGUUGAAACCUUAGUUGAAUUGGCUUCUCUACAGACUGCGUUCAUCAUUUUGGAUGAGGUGAUUAAAGUGACGAACAGAAGAGUCAAUGCUAUCGAACAUGUUAUCAUUCCAAGAACUGAAAAUACAAUUGCUUACAUUAAUAGUGAAUUGGAUGAAUUAGAUAGAGAAGAAUUUUAUAGAUUGAAGAAAGUUCAGGAAAAGAAGCAAAAUGAGACUGCAAGACUAGAUGCUGAGAUGAAAUUGAAAAGAGAGAAGGCAGAACAGGAAGGCUCAGAGGAAGCUGGUGAAAAUCACGCUGAUGAAGAGCCUCAAGGUGAAACAUUGGUUGCCGAUCAAGAAGAUGAUGUUAUAUUCUGA